CCGACUGUGAGCCGCUGCCUGUGGAUAUCGCGGAUGCCAGUGCAGGCGAGAGCUACAGUCGAGAGACAUACCCAUUUACACUCAGCCAAAGCGAAUAACGGAAGAGGAGGCAGUGGGAGAGAUAAGGAGAGGAGGUGUUUCAGAGUGGUUUUAAGCUUCGGAAGAGGAGCUAUGGUAGCGGAGGAGGACUCGGAAUUUUGAGCACCACGAGAGGAAGAAAAAAACGCGUUAUCCCGUUCUGCUGCGGCUAGUGAGCGCGUUCUCUGCUCGGGUUGGAAUAGCCUACAGUGUGUUUACAUGAGACCAUGGAGAUACGGCUUGGAUUUAUCAAACGGCACUUCGACAGUUUGUGAAAAAAAACUGGACCUCUCAUUUUUCAACGGCAUUUUACUCUCUUUUUAUUCGUUGGGAUUGUGUUUUUUAGUGUAUUUUUUUCCGUUGGUAUAUUUUUGGUUUUUACCUAUGGUGUUUCAUUAUUUAUGUCGUCUUUUCCUUCUUUCAAAAAUUUCUUAUUUUUUUAUCGGUUUUGGAGGAGAGUUCGUAGUGAAGAUUUUUGGAGAGAAGAUGCUGCGCUGCUCAUGUGAAUGAUAUUCUCUCUCCCCAACUGAGACGUGCCAUGGAUGGAAAACUUAAUUUGCAUCUACGAAACCGAUCGGGAAAUAUCCGUUACAUCGAAUAACCUCUGCUGACAUCGAUCAGGACCAAUGACAUAGGAUGAACACUGCUGGAGGGGUGUGUCUGUGUGUGCUGUCGUCCCUCUUUGCUGUGGCCUGGGCCGUAGCUGCCUUAGUUCCUCCAGCUCCUCUCUCUGCCCUGGCCGCUGCCUAUGGGUCUACCAGUGGCGUCUCUCCCGGGGAGGUAGAGGGGGGCAGCCUCCCCUCCCCAUGCUCCAGCCUGGUAGCCGGGGUACUGUAUGGCUCUUUCUCUCUGAGAGAGCUGUUCCCGUCGCAGGUGCUGGGCUGUUCCUGGUCGUUGGAAAACCCAGAUCCCACCAAGUACUCCCUCUAUCUCCGAUUCACCCGCCAUCCCUCUAUCUGUCAAUCACACUACCCCAUGCUCCUCCCCCUCGACCAUCAUCUAGCCAAUCAGAGCUGUCCGCUGGAUCUAGAGACGCCACCUCAAGACCAGGAAGUGAUAGACCUUUGCGGCAGGCAAUUAGAAUCAGAGGGACCUUAUUCAUUUUUGCAGUUCGACAAGAACUUUGUGCAGCUGUGCCUAUCGAGACUACCGACAGCCGAUGAACCGCCGGUAACCAAGGAAACACUAGAACUCCGGCUGGUCGAGGUUUUGCUAAUCAACAACGAGAACUCCAGUCAGUUCACCUGUGGAGUACUCUGCCGAUGGUUCGAGGAGUGCCUACGCAAUGGUCGUCAUGGAGAAGCUGAUGUUGCCGACGGCGACGGUUGCAAAGUUACGCAGACUGGUUGUGUGUGUCCUAACAACAAUGUGGUCAUGGCUCAGCCUGUACCCCUUCUCCCGGCAACGCCCCAUAGCAACGGAUCGUUGUUACCUGAGAACUGCUGCGUCACAGAGCUGCACCAUAACAACGCCAUCGCCAUAGCGCCCAGGGACGUCAGACACGACCUCUAUCCAGACCCAGAUGAUGAUGACCUGAAGGUGAAGACACAGAAACCCAGAUCAGCAGACCAGCCAGGUGUGUUUCAGGCACAGACAGGUGACCCUGCGGCGGAGGAGUGGUCUCAGUGGAGUGUGUGUUCGUUAACGUGUGGUCAGGGUUGGCAAGUGCGGACACGCUCGUGUGUGUCCUCUCCCUACGGAACCCUGUGUAGUGGUGCCCUGAGAGAGACACGUAUGUGUAACAAUACAGCCACCUGCCCCGGUGACCCAGCACUGAGCUCAGUGCAUGGGCUGUGGGAGGAGUGGUCGUCAUGGAGCCUGUGUUCUGUCACGUGUGGGCGGGGCUCCAGGACCCGAACCAGAAACUGUGAGAGCGGAGGAGGGGCCAAGCUCUGUGGAGGGCCUGAGAAACAGACCAAACUCUGCAACAUAGCAGUGUGUCCCGGUUAGUACCAUCUCAUGUACAUUUACACCUCUAUCUGUCUGUCUGUCUAUCUCUCUGUCUAUCCAUCAGU